GCAUGUAUAGAUACGAUAGCUGAGCGAAGAAAGAGGGUGACGAAUGGUGUUGAAGACACAAUUGGUGAAGAGAAAAUCCGAGAACAGAGCUGGUCUGUCUCUUUAAGGAGCUCCUGUUACUGGCUGAUUCCAAGUUUCACUAUCUGCAAGAGAAAUGACGACGAUACGCAGAUUUUGCUGCAACGAUCUUCUGAGGUUCGCUUCUGUUAAUCUUGACCAUCUUACUGAAACGUUCAAUAUGUCAUUUUACAUGACCUAUUUGGCGAGAUGGCCCGACUAUUUUCACGUCGCUGAAGGCCCCGGUAACCGAGUCAUGGGUUACAUUAUGGGAAAAGUUGAAGGACAAGGUGAGUUGUGGCAUGGUCAUGUUACUGCAGUAACUGUUGCACCAGAAUACCGCAGACAGCAAUUGGCUAAGAAACUGAUGAAUUUACUGGAAGACAUCAGUGACAAGAUCGACAAUGCUUAUUUUGUAGAUCUUUUUGUGAGAGCUUCAAACACACCGGCCAUAAAGAUGUAUGAAAAACUUGGCUAUGUAAUAUAUAGACGGGUUCUACGCUAUUAUUCAGGAGAAGAAGAUGGUUUAGAUAUGAGGAAAGCGUUAUCUCGUGACACUGAAAAGAAAUCUAUCAUCCCCCUCAAACGGCCAGUUACACCUGAUGAAUUGGAGUAUGAUUAGCUGUGCUACCUAUGAUGAUUUUGCCUACUGAGCUUGAUGAUUAUUUAGCAUGUGCUUGUGACUUUUGGAGAUGCUGAGGUUAAGUAUAUUAGACUCUAAAGUUUGUAUAUGUCAAAUGUGAGACAUGAGGUUGUAUUUUUUCACAAUGACUUGCAACACUGAGAUAUGUUUCUUAUGAUUUCAAAGUUAAUCCUGCUUUAUUAGAAA